CAGCAAUCAUACGCAGUCAUACGUAUUGCAUAAAGCUAGAAGUCUAGCCUGGCCUACCUGCUAAGCAUCUACGAUUGGCGUCUGUAUCUGUAUGUGUGUAAUAGGCCUCCCAUCUUAUUCCCAUCCAGGCGAUCCAAGCCAUCCCACUCAACCCGCACUGCCCCCUGCAAAUAGCAGAAGAGCUGUAAUCCCAGUUGACAUCACCUCUUAUGCAAUCCUCUAAAAGCUCUUCGAUGUUCACGACAGCUAUUCGCUACACCGGUGGAUUCUGACAGCAACAUCGGCAACGCUGUAAUUUUCCGAGGACCUCACCAACCAGUAAACGUCGACUUGCUGCAGCGAAUACGUCGAGGCGCAGUUUUGCGUAAUAAGACCCUACCUGCAGCCCCUCGGGAGGUCUCCCAGUGUUAUUCUACAUAAUACAUUGCAUACAUUGCUUGUGCUUUUAAAAGCCGCACAUCACUGCGCUGCAUUUUGUAGCUUACGGCUUGCCUUUCUUCGAAACUGGUACUUAACAACUACCACCUACUCAACAUACCUUAUUACGCAAACACCAACCAUGGCGUCUCGAUCGCGCAACCAUCACAAUCGCCAUGACGAUCCUUAUGUCUUUGACGACCCGUACCGCCAUUCGAAUUCGCCUAUCAAUGACACUGCAUACGAGUACGUUGGUACUGAUGAAGCCACCAACGCUUCUAAAUCUCAUCGCGGCACAUCCCCAGAUCCUGAACCACGUCGACGACAGAGUCCCUCUAGGAGAAAUUCCAGAACCACCAGUCCUCCUCCUCGAUAUUCCGAACGCGAUAGAGCGCAUACCCUACCAUCAAAACCUGAUCGACGCUCAUCACCCCAUAGAACUUCUCGACAUGCCUCGCCACCUCGCACCGGCAGAAAGGCAUCUCGAAGUAAACACCGUGAAGAUCAAGGCUUCCUUCAACGGCCGGGUGUUCAACGUACCAAGUCUAUAGGCCAGAAAGGCUUGAAAUUCAUUAGCGAAGCGGCUGCAUUAUACGCUGCAACACAAGCCGGAUCAGGUGACCGAGGCCGCUCGCAGAGUCGCGAUAAUCCUCGCCGCAGCUCCCAUUAUGAUUCGGAACCAAGACACCGUCAUCAUCAUCGGCACCACUCUCCUACUCCUUCCCCGUCGCCUCACAGGAGGCGUUCGCGAGCAUAUAGCGAUGACCCUCCGCGUAGGCAUCGGAGACACAGAUCUCCGUCCGUAAGUGACGAGUCAGAUUAUGAACGCGAUCGAGGUCGACGCCACCGACGAUCCCGAGCCAGUUCAUACACUCAGAGUCCGUCACCGUCUCCUCCGCGUCACCGGGGCCGUAAAUCUAAAUCGGCGUCAUCCGGCGUCGGAUCUUCCAAGGUACCUAACGAAAUUGCCGAUAGGUGGCAAAUGGCUGCUCGAGCAGCUCUUGAAGCGGGUGGCCUCACCGCCUUCAGACUUCGCAAGGACCCAGGCAGCUGGACAGGCGAGAAGGGCGCCAAAAUAGCCACAGCUGCUUUGGGUGCAGCAGCGAUCGACGCCUUUAUCGACAAGGACCCAAGACGAGCAAAAUCUAAAGGGGUCAAGGGGUUCGCCGAAACCACGAUUAGCAGCAUGAUUGCAUCGAAACUAAUGGGUGUCAAGAGCCCCGGUAAACGCAAGGGUAAAUAGAAAUACUGAUAUAUGAUCGAACCGAACCGCUUUCUUCGCCGUUCGUGGAUUUAUCUUACCGCUGUUAUACCGAAUUGGCAUUUUGUUUCUUUUGAUAUUCAAGGCUAUUAUGUCAGAUUGGCGUUGAAGGGAA